AUCCAAACGAGUUCGUUGUCUACAGACAGCAAUCGGAGCUCAAUUUGCACCGGAGAUGACAUGAAUAGCAUAUAUUCAUCGGCAUUACUGAGGGGUCCGUUCAUAGGCUAUGCCAAAGCCAUUACCGACUGUACUCCCUGUCCAUACUAUAAGGAUGCCCUGCCAUUCAAGAGGGGGGACACCAUAUCGAUCAUAUCUAAGGACGAGUCGGGCACCUGGAUUGGUAUGGCCAACGGCCGGGUCGGGCACUUCAAGUUUGUCAAUGUCGAGGAGAUCAGACACCAUCACCCGUCCGGUGCCGUCGGCCGACCGGCCAAUACAAAGGGGAUUAAGCUCAUUAUCCCCAUCACUGUCGAGCACCAGGGCGUGGACACCGGUGCUCAUCACCACCACCACCAUCAACAUCAUCAUCAGCAUCACCAAAGACUAGGUACCAAUCACUGCAAUGAUAAUCAUAGCAACGCCAGUGUCUGCGACGGUCAUCAGUGUAAUGGAGAGUGUAAUGUGAUUAACGAUAGACUCAAAUCAGUGCUAAUGGACUCGCAGACAGCCGGUGCUGAUGGCCGGCCAUUGACUCUCGCAGACAUUAAACAGGCCAUCGGGUUAUCGGAUCUGCAUCUGAAUCUAUUAACAAUCUAUGGCUACAGUGACCCGAAACUGUUGGCCCGAGUGGUCAAUGAGGACAGGCUUAACGAGUGCGGUAUUAGCGACCGGUGCGCACAGCAUAGGCUACUGAACGCCGCCCGGCUAUUACGGCAUCACUACCACAAUCUCGUUACCAGUGAUGAUAAUCAAUCGACAAUUGGACCCCCGAGUACUAGUCAACAGCCCCUCCAACACCACAAGUAUGUGCCUAAACACCAACGACCGCGUGUGUCGGUGUCGGCCCCAACCACACCGGCCAUUACGCCCAGCAUAGACUUUACCAGCGAUGAAUUCACCCAGCUCAUCUCAAAGCUCGAGAGUGUCUCGACAUCUAGUCUCGAGAAUAGCUGUUCCUAUGAUGACCAUCACCUCAAACACCAACUGGUGAUGACCACCGGCGCUGCUGGAGGUGUUGCCGACGCUAAUAGCCGUGCGAUUAGUGCCAGAACUGCCAAAAGUGACAAAAAGAGAUGCAAUUCUGGCACUCAUUAUACAAAUAUAGAUAUCAUUGCCGCCAAUAAUGAGAGAAUAUAUGAAAAUAAUGAACAGAUAAUUAGCGCAACGCUUGAUAGACACCAUUCAAGCAGUUUAGUUUAG